AUGUGGCCUUUUAGCAGCGGUGGCUUCACUGCCAAGAACAUUCCCGAUCUGUCUGGCAAAGUCAUCCUCGUCACUGGCGCGAACAGUGGUCUGGGACUUCAGUCGGUACUAGACCUCGCCCGCCACGGGCCCAAGGAGAUCUGGCUCACGUCAAGGACGGCCGAUAAGGCCAACCAGGCGAUUGAGGAGGUCAAGAAGGAGGUGCCCAGCGCCAACCUCAAGCCGCUCAGCCUGGACUUGUCCUCGCUUGACUCCGUCAAGAGCGCAGCGCGCACCUUCACCCAGUCAUCGCAGCGGCUCGACAUCCUGAUUCUCAAUGCUGGCAUCAUGGCUACAGAUGCUGGUCUGACCAAGGACGGCUAUGAGAUCCAGUUCGGCACAAACCACGUGGGCCACGCGCUGCUCACAAAGCUCCUGACCCCGGUCCUCGAAAAGACCGCCGCCGAGCCCGGCUCAGAUGUCCGCGUCGUAGCGCUCACCUCGGCAGCCGUGGCUAUGGCGCCGCAGAGCGGCAUCGAGUUCGACACGCUCAAGACGGAGCAGGAGGCGAUGGGCCCUUGGACACGCUACGGGCAGAGCAAGCUCGCCAACGCGCUGUUCGCUAGGCAGCUUGCCAAGGAGCACCCAGCCUGGACAGUGGCAGCCAUCCACCCUGGCGUCGUUACUACGAACCUAUCGCGACACGUCGAGGAGCGGUACUGGUGGUCCAAGGCAGUAAUGCCCAUCGCCAAGAUCCUUCUCACGACGGUGCAGCAGGGCGCGCUGAACCAGCUGUGGGCGGCGACGGCGCCCAAGGGGGAGGUCAAGACUGGGGAGAUGUACUUCCCCGUGGCAGACCUGACUGGUGGGCGGCGUGGCCCAUACUACAAGGAUGAUGCGUUAGCGAAAAAGCUGUGGGACUGGACGGUGCAGGAGUUGAAGGGCCAUGAACUUUGA